UAGUUUCAGCUUGGCUUGUGUCAUUGAGUUGUUUACGUUAUUGUUGUGGGAUUAAAUUAUUUAUUUUUGCAAACUAUUGAUCUAAAUUGGGCCAAAUUGCUACUCCACUGCCUCGUAUGCAGUACUUCAAACAACAGUUUCUUCUCGAAACUUUGUAAUGAGUGGAAGUUUUGAAAGUAACUAACCUAACCUAUUACUGAUAUUAAACGGCUAGAAAAUUACACAAAAAUGGGUGUUACAGUUUUGCAACAGUUCCCAGUACCUGAAAACAAAACCGGUACUUAUGUGAUAGAAAUGCUAUCCAAGCGGAUUCUGGCCCUGGGUGCUACGCAGCAGGGACAGUUCCUAGUUGACUGCGAGAGCUACUUGUCCCACCCCCAAAUGGGCACAACAAAAACAGUGCACAUACUUCACAACUCUGAGCAACCGGCAUCCGUGUUCUCAAUCCUUGAGAGUGGUAACAAAAACAUUCACGUCAUAGCCGAUGGGCUCUUCGACUUGUUCAUGAUCAAGCUGUCGCAACAUUACACAUCUAAGAAACAAACAAAGAUCGAGAGUAAAGGCCCACGGUUUGAACUGGGAGACUUUUGUAUUAAACUCGGUUCUGUGACUAUGAAUCAGAGUUUUAAAGGGAUUCUUAUUGAGGUGGAAUACCGUCCCUGCGUGACCGCCAACGCCGUCUGGGGCCUCCUGCGUGAGUUCCUGCAAGGCCUGCUCGGGAGCACCACCGUGAUACAGCCUCCGCAGCACCUCAAGAACCGCAUGAGUGAGAUCUACACGCCCAUCGACACAGUGCACCAGUAUCUGGAGCUGUUCAGCGCGUAUAGAAAGACCACUGCGCUGCGGGUGCAGUAGGAAUAAAUUAGGUUUAUGUUAUUUA